GAUAAAACUAUUGCAUGAAAACUGGCGGGUUGGGGGGGGGGACUGCAUGGUGUGUUUUAGGCCUACUUGAUAACACUGAAGUUGGGGGGAAAAUGAGAAAAUGGUGAUGUGGUACGAGGAAGGCGAGAAGAGGAGCCGGAGUGAGGGAUAAGAGGAAAAAAAAUCGUCCAUGGGGAUCUGAGCAGCUGAAGAAUAACGGAAUCCAAGAGGACUAGACAGCUGCUUUGGUUAAAGAUCUCCAAUUAACUUCAAGUUAAAAACAGAGGGAGGAAAUCAGCUUCCUGGUCGGGGUGGGGGUUAGAAAAAUAUAUUAUUCAUGCCUUCUGUUAGAGCAAUUGCAGAACCGGCUUUGCUGUGGCCUAGAUGAUAUUUACAUAUAUAUAUAUAUUUAUAUAUAGUCUAUAUUUAAAAAAAAGAACCUUAGGAGGAAGAGUGGACCUUAAGAUUACAUAAAGAGAGGACAAAUGACACUCUUGUAGCCUCAAAGUAAAGCACUUGUGCAAAAAGAGGAGAAAAAAAAAAGGCUGAAGUGGGUUGAAGCAUGGGCUGUGCUUCAAGUAUUCAUAUCUCUGAUAGGGUGGUCUACCACAGUGGAAAAGAGUCCGAGGAUUCCCACUCACCCCAGCAGACUAAUACCACUCAGCAUCAAGGAAAUCCUGCCUCUGGACUACCCCUAAAACCCCCUAGCUGCAAGACCACAUUAACAGAGGUGCAAUUUGGACCAAUGAAGUUAUUUAAAGACCCACUUCAGGUACUUUUAGUUUUUGCCAAAGAGGAUAGUCAGAGUAAUGGCUUCUGCUGGGCAUGUGAGAAGGCCAACUUCAGGUGCAGUAUGGCGCGAACACCGGAGUCGGCUCUUGAAUGCUUCUCGGAGAAGCAUCAUGACCUCGUCAUCAUUGACCACAGACAUUCCAGACACUUUGACGCUGAAGCACUAUGCCGGUCAAUUAGAGCAGUCAACUCUUCAGAAAACACUGUGAUAGUCGCCGUUGUGAAAAGGCCAGACAGAGAGGAAGCCUCUGUGAUGCCACUGAUCAAUGCUGGCUUUAAUAGGAGAUAUGUGGAAAAUGCCAAUGUGAUGGCCUGCUACAAUGAGCUGCUACAGCUGGAGCAUGGAGAGGUGCGGGCACAGUUCAAGUUGAGGGCUGGCAAUGCUAUUUUCACAGCUCUUGAACAAAGCCAAGAGGCCAUAGAGAUCACUUCUGAAGAUCAAGUUAUUCAGUAUGUGAAUCCUGCCUACGAGUCCAUUAUGGGCUACCAACAAGGCGAGCUAAUAGGGAAGGAAAUAAUAGAAGUGCCUAAAAGUGAGAAGAAUAAGCCUGAUCUCCUUGAAACGAUAAACUCCUGCAUACGCAAAGGAAAGGAAUGGCAGGGGAUUUACUAUGCCAAAAAGAAAAAUGGAGACAGCAUUCAGCAAAAUGUGAAGAUCACACCUGUAAUUGGACAGGGAGGAAAAAUCAGACACUAUGUGUCUAUCAACAGGCCUUUAAAUGAUAAUAAUAAGAGUGAUAAAUCCAGUGAACGUGUGCAGACAGAGUCUCAGACAGACAUACAAUCCAGUAAGCACAAGGACCGGAGGAAAGGCUCUCUGGACGUAAGAUCCACAACAUCUCGGGGGAGCGAUGGGAGCUCACAACGAAGGCACUCGUCGAUGGCUCGUAUCCACUCCAUGACUAUAGAGGCUCCCAUCACUAAGGUAAUCAACAUCAUUAAUGCAGCACAGGAAAGCAGUCCUAUGCCCGUUGCUGAGGCCUUGGAUCGGGUACUGGAGAUCCUAAGGACCACUGAGCUCUACUCUCCACAGCUCGGAACCAAGGAUGAAGAUCCCCAUACAAAUGACCUUGUAGGGGGGCUGAUGACGGAUGGUUUGCGCAGAUUGUCGGGAAAUGAAUACAUCUUUUCCACAAAACAGCCCCACCAUCUCCCCAGUCACCUGACAACUCCGCUGUCAUUAAAUGACAUCCCCCCUCGAAUCGCCCAGACCAUGGAGAACGAGGACUCUUGGGACUUUGAUAUUUUUAACUUGGAGGCUGCAACCAUGAAACGGACUUUGACCUACUUGGGCCUGAAGAUCUUCUCCCGCUUUGGGGUCUGUGAGUUCCUAAACUGCCCUGAAGCAACUUUGCGCUCCUGGCUACAAGUCAUUGAAGCGAACUACCACUCCAGUAACUCCUACCACAACUCUACCCAUGCAGCUGAUGUCCUGCAUGCAACGGCCUAUUUUCUCUGCAAAGAGAGGGUCAAGCAAAGUUUGGAUCCCAUUGAUGAGGUGGCCGCCCUGAUUGCUGCUACUGUGCAUGAUGUGGACCACCCAGGCCGUACCAACAGCUUCCUGUGCAAUGCAGGAAGCGAGCUGGCCAUCCUCUACAAUGACACAGCAGUGCUAGAGAGUCACCAUGCCGCACUGGCCUUCCAGAUCACCACGCGAGAUGAUAAGUGCAACAUCUUCAAAAACAUAGAAAGGAAUGAAUAUCGAACAUUACGACAGGCCAUCAUUGACAUGGUGCUCGCAACCGAGAUGACCAAACACUUCGAGCAUGUCAACAAAUUUGUCAACAGCAUCAACAAGCCUCUGGCUGCUCUGGAGGAGAAUGGGGGAAACAAUGAUGAGGAAUCUGUCAAAAGCAUUUUGACAUCACCUGAGAAUCGCAUCCUUGUCAAGCGGAUGCUGAUUAAGUGUGCAGACAUAUCUAAUCCAUGUAGACCUCAGGAGCUCUGUAUAGAGUGGGCUGGACGAAUCUCAGAGGAGUAUUUUGCACAGACUGACGAGGAGAAGAGACAAGGUCUACCAGUGGUCAUGCCUGUGUUUGACAGAAACACUUGUAGCAUCCCAAAGUCCCAGAUUUCCUUCAUAGACUACUUCAUUACAGACAUGUUUGAUGCAUGGGACGCUUUUGCAGACCUCCCUAAUCUUAUGCAGCACUUGGACAACAACUUCAAGUACUGGAAAGGUCUGGAUGAGAGGAAGCUACACAGCCUGCGACCUCCUCCUGAGUAG